GAACUUUCCUUCAUUCCAAUUUACCAAGCAGUGAUGAAUUGAACAUUGCGCUCGCCUUCCUCCCGCCUUCCUCUUGCCUGUCACUCGACCCUCUCUCGAACGUCCUACAUACCUGUUCAUCUACCUCAACCCACUUGCCCGGUCUUCCCCACACUUCUGACCCAAGCAGGCCUUCCACCACAAGUCUGCUGCGGGCAACACGUCGUAGCCACGAUGUUGGCGAGAGGGAGAGCUGGAAAGAUAAGAGCUCCAAGAAGAGCUACUUCGAGCGGCUCUGUCUUGAAUCUGCCGCAUCUCAUUCUACCGCCACAUGUUUCUGCCUAUACCUUCUUUUGACACGUUCAAAGCUUUGUAGUCUCCAGGCACUGCUCAAUAUUGUUCAUGUACGCCCGCUAACAUGCAUCCGCGACAGGGUCUGACGCCGGGCGACGUCGAUUUCGACUCAACAUGGAACUCCAUCUCUACCGCUUUCCUUCAGAUUUUCAGUAAAAGUGCCUCCGGUUUAUCCUUCGAAGAAAUUUUCCGAAACUGCUACAAAUUGGUGUUGAAGAAGAAGGCGGACAUGUUGUAUGAUCGGUUGACACUACUGGAGCAAACAUGGCUGCGCGACAAUGUCCGGGCAAAGAUGUUAUCACUAAUAAACCCCUCAAUCACCGUUGGCACCCUGGACCAGACAGGUGGAGCAGAUUCCAAUGAGCGGAGAAUUGCGGGCGAGCGCUUUGCUCGAAUCUUGAAGGAUGCCUUUACCCACCAUCAACUGUCUAUGGGCAUGAUCACCGAUGUGAUGAUGUACAUGGACCGCUAUAUUGCCCAGGACCAGAGAAGGCCAUCCAUCUUCACUACAGGUAUGGCACUAUUCCGAAGCGAAGUCCUCAAAACCCGAAUCAGCGAAGACGCCCCUGUGGACAUUCUCUCGUUGCUCGAAACGGUCCUCCUCGAUAUGAUAAGAAUGGAACGCAAAGGCGAAGUCAUCGAUCGAGCUCUGGUUCGCCAGUGUUGCUACAUGCUAGAAGGGCUGUACGAGUCUUUUACCGAAGACGAAUCUACGAAGCUGUAUCUGACGUCGUUCGAGCCCAAAUUUAUCGAAGCGAGCAGACAGUUCUACAAAGCGGAGGGUCAAGCACUUCUGGGCGAGGCUGAUGCGAGUACAUACUGCACGCAUGCAAGAAGAAGACUGGCUGAAGAGGAAGAGAGAUGCAAACAGACAAUAUCGCAAGUCAGCGACCACAAAAUCAAGGCGGUGGUAGAGAAGGAGUUAAUCUCGGCGCAUAUCCGAGAGGUUAUCAACAUGGAAGGGACUGGUGUCAAGAACAUGCUGGACCAUGACAAAAUCCAAGAUCUGGCCAACGUGUACGACCUCAUUGCGAGAGUGGACACGAGGAGAGGUGCUCUGAGAGACGCCCUUCAGAAACGAGUCGUCGAACUUGGUACGGAAAUCAACAAGGCUGCCAGCGUUAUCAGCGAAGCUGCGCCGGCACCAAAGUCGGCACAAAAACCCACCGAUGGAAAGGCCGCGCCGGAGAGAACACUCAGCCAACAAACUCAGGCCGCUAUCACCUGGGUCGAGCAGAUCUUGGAGCUGAGGAACAAAUACGACAGAAUCUGGACCGAGGCUUUUCACAAGGAUGUCGUCAUGGAAAAGGCGCUCGAGAUCUCGUUCCAGGACUUUAUCAAUGCGAAUGAUCGGAGCCCGGAGCACCUGUCUUUGUUCCUUGAUGAGCAUCUCAAGCGAGGAGGGAAGGACAAGACCGAAGCCGAGAUUGAUGUACUCCUUGACAAUGGCAUCUUGUUACUUCAGUACCUCGCCAACAAGGAUGUAUUCGAGACCUACUACAACAAACACAUGGCCAAGCGCUUGUUGAUGAAGAAGUCUGUUAGCCGGGAGAUGGAACGACAAAUGCUUUCCAAGAUGAAGAUGAAGAUCGGAAAUCAAUUCACCCAGAAGUUGGAGGGUCUGAUUCGAGAUACAGAGCUGUCCGACAGUCUUAGUGCUCAGUACAAGGAUCAUGUCGACAAACUCGGCGAUCCAGAUCCCAAGCGAGUCGAAUUGGACUGCCGAGUUUUGACUACAACAAUCUGGCCAUUCGAGACUAUUCUCAAAGCUGAUGGUGGCGAUAAGAACAGACGGCCUGAAAUCAAAUACCCAGCCACAGUGGAGCAAGUUCGACAGAGAUUCCAGAAAUUCUAUCUGGACAAGCAUACCGGGCGAAAGCUGGAAUGGGUCUCCAAUCUUGGAGAUGCUGAUUUGAGAGCCACAUUCACCAACAAUGGCAAGACUCGACGAUAUGAGCUCAAUGUUUCGACACAUGGCAUGGUCAUUCUCACGCUGUUCAAUGAUCUCCCUCCUGGAGCAUCCCUUAGCUGCGAGCAGAUCGAGGCCGAGACUAACAUCCCCAAGCCUGAGCUGAUUCGAAACUUGCAGUCCUUGUCCUUGGUCCCGAAAUGGAGAGUCCUCAAGAAAGAGCCAAUGAGCAGAGACAUUCAAUCCACCGAUAGGUUCUAUUUCAACGAAGGAUUUUCGAGUCAGUUUCUCAAGAUCAAAGUCAAUGUGGUCUCGGGCGGCGGGAACAGAGUCGAAAAUAGCGAGGAACGACGUGCAACACAGAAGAGAACCGAUGACGAGCGCGGACAUGUCAUUGAGGCAGCCAUCGUUCGGAUCAUGAAGUCGCGAAAAAAUCUAUCGCAUGGACAAUUGAUGACUGAGACCCUUGCACAGUUAUCUUCUCGAUUCCAGCCGGAUGUCAAUAUGAUCAAGAAGAAAAUCGAGGCGCUGAUCGACCGGGAGUAUUUGGAGAGGGGUCCAGAUCCUGCGAAGCCUUCUUAUGUUUACUUGGCUUGAGUGGUGAUAUUAGGGAGUUCUUGGCCGCCUGCUUUCGGCACGGAUGGGAUGCUCCAGGAAUGAUCUUAUGAUGACAAUUGUGUUAACGACCGAGCAUCGACCAUGCAACCCACGGGCAUGAUGGGUCCAGGACGAACAUUAGCGCGGCGUAACGGGAUGUGCAUUUGCUGAAUCAAUGCAUCGGCUGGGGUUGAGAUACAUGGCUGAGACUCUGGAUUUGAAGGCCAUGUUAGUCAAGCCAGAGUAGAAAUCAUAGCAUACAAUGAAGACUCGAAGCCAAUAAUAAAACUAGGGAAGGGCUUCUAAGACAGCAUUGUCCGAC